GUACUCGGCUGAUCUGAGUUCGUCUGCGGGUCGUCGCGACGAUUCACCACAUUUGGAUGAGUUUGUGAUGCACUCCUCCCUGGACGUAAUUGACGAAGCGAUAUGGAACACGAGUGACACCUUUUUCCCAAUGAUCGACCGCUUCAAUGACUUCCUCAUAUCGGCGUUCGUCGGUCCCUCGAAUGUACGCUUUCUACUCCUACAUCGGCAUACAUCUAUACGUUCCCCACAACAAUUAGAACAGGACACGCAAAGCAUCCGAACGUUUUUUCAAGAGGUUCAUCUACUCUUCGUAAAGGUCCAAAUGAAUCCCCUGUAUGGAUUGAAGUGGACCGGCGGCCGACAAGUGCGGUGUAAGCACUUCGAUUCUGCUGUAAAAGAGCUAGGGAAGCGACUACUGCUAUUCCGUAUGAACCAAAAGAAGAGGAAGAAGAUAGUUGGAGGCCGCCAACAUCCCGAAGGUCAGACCAAUGACCAUAGCAAAGCUCGAACAGUCCAGAAGAUAACUUGUAAGCCGAGCAACGGUAUAUCAACCGAGGGAGAACAACAAAUAGUGACCAGACCCCCGACACAAGCUAUAACAAAGGGGAGAGAUAUGAUAGCGAGGGCGAGGAUAAACCGAAGGUGCUUGACUUCUUCUCCCAAGGCCUGUCCUCUCAGUAAUGCCGUGAAAGUGAAUCUCAUGUACAACACGUAUUGA